GACAGCGAACGCAUCGUUAACAUCUUGAACUCGAUGGGAGUGAAUGAUUUCGACAACAGGGUUGUACAGAUGCUCAGAGAGAUUUUACACAGAUUCAACGUGGAUGUUUUCAAGGAGGCUGUGUGGGCUGCACAUCAGCGAUUAGGGACGAAGCCCGACGAAGAGAAGACAAAUCCAACAGUGGAGCUUGACGACCUCAAGCUUGCGCUGGAGAUGAAAGUUCAGCACGCGCAGGAAUAUGCUCAGCGACCGGAUGCAGAGAAACUGGAGGAAUGGGCGAAAGCCAAGAACGCAUGUCCUUUGCCCAACAUCCCAAACAGGCCAGGCAUUCCCCUGCCCCAGGAGAGGUUCUGUUUGAACGCU